CAAAUAGGAAUCGCAGCAACCUCAGUGACUUGACAGGGACUCGAUAAAGACUUAUUCCUAAGGAUGUCAGUCCUCGCACCUAUCAUCUGCGACAAUGGAACAGGAUACUCGAAGAUAGGCUUCGCAGGAAAUUCUGAUCCAUCAUACGUUUUCCCCACUGCAAUUGCUACACGCGGGCCUGCUUCUCAACCUACUCGUGGUGGUCCCCCAAUUCCUUCAAAACCUGGAAAUGUCGCAUCGAAACGCGGUGUUGAAGACCUCGACUUCUUUAUUGGAGACGAAGCCCUUGCCAAUGCGAAGACCCCUGGUUAUGGAGUUCACUAUCCCAUUCGCCAUGGCAUGAUCGACAACUGGGAUCACAUGGAACGAUACUGGGAACAAACGAUAUUCAAGUAUCUACGGGCUGAACCAGAAGAUCAUUACUUCCUUUUGACUGAACCUCCUCUUAACCCUCCAGAAAACAGAGAGCAGACAGCCGAAAUCUUCUUCGAGUCGUUCAAUAUCAAGGGUCUCUACAUCGCUGUACAGGCUGUGCUCGCCCUUGCCGCAUCCUGGACAUCCAACCGUGCCACAGACAGGACACUCACUGGCACCGUCAUUGAUUCGGGAGAUGGUGUCACGCACGUCAUCCCUUGCGCGGAAGGGUACGUCAUUGGAAGUGCCAUUAAACACAUCCCCAUCGCUGGUCGUGAUAUAUCACAAUUCGUGCUCAACUUAUUGCGUGAGCGUGGUGAAAUGGCUGCCGUUCCACCAGAAGACCAGCUGCGGGUUGCCAGCAGAGUGAAGGAAAACUACAGCUACACGUGCCAGGACAUAGUCAAAGAGUUUCGGAAAUACGACGCGGAACCCUACAAAUACUUUGAGAGAUAUGAGGGUGAGCAUAGUGUCACCGGCAGAAAAUAUUCCAUUGAUGUGGGCUAUGAACGCUUUCUGGCCCCGGAGAUCUUCUUCAACCCGGAGAUCUACUCUUCCGAUUUCCUUACACCUCUCCCGAACAUUGUUGAUGAUGUGAUUCAAGCCUCUCCGAUUGAUGUUCGUCGCGGCUUAUACAAGAAUAUAGUUCUCUCUGGAGGUUCCACCAUGUUCCAGCACUUUGGUCAGCGUCUCAAGAGAGACCUAAAGCAGCUGGUUGAUCGCAGACUUGAGGCUAGCGUCGUUUCAAGUGGCAGUACUACCAAGUCAUCUGGUGUGGAUGUGGAUGUAAUUUCGCACAAGCGCCAGCGAUAUGCCGUGUGGUUUGGUGGCUCCUUGCUUGCAUCAUUGCCAGAGUUCUAUACGUCUUGCCACACAAAGGCGCAGUACGAUGAAAUCGGCCCGAGCAUUUGCAGACGGUACCAAAUAUUCGGUAGUGCUACGUAAGCUGCAGACCAGCGGAUUGUUGUUCACUGUUCAGACGUAUACCGACCCGGGUUGAAAAUCGAUAGUCGUAUUGAAUGCUGAAACAUGCGCUGAUGUUCUUCACCAAACACGCCAGAAUGACACUAGAAGUUUAUUUUGUAUACAAGGUACAGUUCUAGUUCCGCAAGGCACGAGUAGCUCGGUCACCAAAGAAUACCGCAAACUGUGGUCGCACUCUGUGAUGAAUGCCGGAUGAGGGCAUCCGCAUGGUUGAUACUAUCUAUUGAUAACGAAUCGUUGCUAACGGAAUCUGUCAAACA